AUGAACGUUUUCUGUGUCGGCGACGCAGGGAACACCGUGACAUUUCUGCUACGUUCGCCCACCUGCUUUGACGACGACGAGACAAUCCAAAGCUUUGUCGCCUCCGGCAAAGCAAAGCUUGUGAAAGGCGACGCCCUGAACCAAGAAGAGGUCCGCGCGGGUUGGCAGGCGGCAGGCGGUACCGACGUCGACUUGCUCCUCUUCACCCUCGGCGGAACUACCACAUUCAACAUCUGCAACGGCGCCGUCAUCACUCCUCCCGACCUCUGCACGCGAUCCCUCGCCAACAUCCUUCGUGCCGCUCCUUCGCAGUCCCCACCAAAGCUCAAAGGUGCCAUCAUCUCCUCGACCGGCGUCACCGAGACCUCGCACAAGAACCUCCCGUGGACCAUUCGUCCCAUGUACGGCUACCUCCUCCGGUCCCCGCACGAAGACAAGCUCGGCAUGGAGCGUGUGCUCGCACAAGCCACCGGCACGCCCUGGACGGACGAGGAGCCCGUCUCCCAUAUCCUCUCAUCCGAUGGUUCGUGGAAGAACGAUCUACCCCCAACAGGCGCCAUCGCGAGCACCGUGGUCGUGCGGCCCGCGCUUCUAACAGACGGCGCGUGCACUGGGAAGUACCGUACAUCCGUCGGCGACCAUGGCAAGGGCUUCACCACGAUAUCAAGGCAGGACGUCGCUCGUUUUGUAGCUGAGGACGUCAUCAAAGACUGGGAGAAGUGGGAUAACAAGGUCGUUAGCAUCGCAUACUGA